UGUGAUGACGACACUUCCGCCUGUAAACAUGGCGGACACCAGCGUAGAACUCGCCAAUAGACGUGUGUUUUGAUGCUUUUCUGCUUUAUUCCGUGGAUCCACUGCAACAUGGGGCGACUUAGAUAGAAACCCGGUCGUCUGCGGGAAGCUCGAAACGUAAAUGUGCUUUUUUUUACAAACGUCUAUUUGUUUACAACAGAAACGACAAACCAUUGUGUAGCAGCGGUGGUUGGUUCCAUGCUUAUGACAGAGUCCGCCUCAAAACUGUAAACAGUAGCUUGUUAGUCGACAUGCAAACGAACGGGUAUUGAUACUAAAUUUUAAGUAACAUUUAGUUUAGUACAUGAUCUGUAAAUAAUGCACUUGCUAGUGCAGAGUGGCUCCAAGCAUCAGCUGGAUAAGGUCCUAAACCACGGUUGCACAACUAUUUGUUUACUUUUAGGCUAGUUUAGACUGUAGCAUGUGGUGGCAUUACUGACAGAUAUUGCUUAAGUGAUUAAACACCUAUAUAAACAUUGGAUACUUGUGUAUUGAUGCAUACGUGGGGAGUGUGAAUGUUACAGCAGCACCGGAGCCAUGAGCAGCCGAAGAAAGAGGGCCCCUCCAGUGAGGGUAGAUGAGGAUGCAAAGCAAAGGUUGAACUGGAAUAUGCUGGAUGAUCGCAAGAACGAAGCGACCCAGAAAGACGAUGACCAAACGCCGACCUGUUCCUCUGUGUCAGUUGACACCACUCCCACAGGCGCCUUCAUCCCAACCACAGAGAAUUCAGCAGAGUCCACCCACUCUGUGACGUUCACCGAGGAGCCGCCUGCGACGUCGUCAGAAUUCGCUGCUGCCUCGGCCUCUCUGGCACUGACUGUCGCGCCGGCGUCAAGGCUGAACCCCAUCUGGAGGGCGCUGAUCGGGGAGUUCAGCAUCCAGCCCGCUUGGCUCCCAUCAGACUGUGAACAGAAAGCAUUCACGCUGCACAGAAUCGCUGACCAGCUCUGCCUCAGUUACAGCGACUGUGAUGAGAGCCCAGGACUGCAGUGGAAGCCUGGCGAGGACACUUGCACAGCAGAGUGCAGCCUCGGUCGGAUCCUCCUGGAUGAUCUGGACUGGCUGCAGAAAAGGAGGGUGGUGCAGCUCUGCCACCAGGCUAAAGAGGAGUCAGUCAAGGUGGAGAUUUACUUACUGGAAACUGGGCUUGGUAAGCCUGAGUUCCUCAGUGAGGGAAAUGCUCGACUGAAAAAAGCAAAUCAGCUCAUGCAAAAGUUAAUGGAGUAUUUCUAUGAUUUCAUUAUCCCCGAAGUUGUAGAGAAUGAGGAGGAGGACUGUGACACCGAUCUGGAGAGGCAGAACGUUGAGGAGCUUUAUGAUUAUGUCAGGCAUCUGCACCAAAGGGAGAGCCAGGCGGUGACCUAUGACGUCCAGCACAAGGCUCUUAUUCCUGUUCUUAGACCCUACCAGAGCCAGGCCGUCAACUGGAUGCUGAGGAGAGAAAAACACAGAAACAGCUCAACCAAAGAACAGUCACUGCAUUUCCUCUGGAGGGAGCUGCUGACCUUGUGUGGCAAGAAGUUGUUUUACAACCCUUUUACUGGCUGCUUAAUUAGAGAGUUUCCACUGGCUGGCAUUGAGUGGCCUGGUGGGAUCCUGGCUGAUGAGAUGGGCCUUGGAAAGACAGUGGAAGUUCUGGCUCUCAUCUUGUUUCACACCCGCCAGAACCUGGAGCAUGAGGCCCUUACACUGCCAGUGGGAAAAUCUGUGAAUUAUUUUGUUCCUCCUCCUCCACUUGAAAGAGAGAAGGUUGUCCACUGCAAGUCUGAAGCUCAGCCCAAAAUAAAAGUGUCCUACCCAACUGUGCGUGUCAUGCUGCUCACUGCAAUAAAAGAAAUGAGAUCUGGCAAAGGAGCCUCAGUCAACGCCAUCUUCACCUAUAUCCGUGCCAGCUAUGGGUAUGACCUGUUGAAAAACCGCAACCACAUCAAGAAGACACUGGCGAAGCUAAUAGAUGAAGGGCUGGUUGACCGGGUGAAAGGUCGGGGCUUGGCUGGCUCAUUCAAGCUGGGAAAGAACUAUAAGGAGACAAAGAAGACAUUAGCAGGUGCAUCCAAGACUAAUCCAAAAUGCACAGAGAACACACCCAGGAAAAUGUUUCAGAGACGAGCUAAAGAAAAGGCAGAAGCAGCUCUUCAGAACUCUCUCACAGGAGAUCAACUAGAUCUGAGCUCCCCUACAUCUGACUGUCCUCAUCCAGAGGAGUCAGACACAAAGAAGCAACUAAAUGAAAGUCUAAAUGAGAAAGGGGACGAGCCAAUGGAUACGUCCGCAGCAUCCUUACAGACGUCUCGGAAUAAAAGUGAUUCAGAUGCACUGGACAUGCUGAUGAUGAAUGAUCUACCUGAAGACAAAGGAGCUCAGCUUGAUUCACAGGGGGGAACAAAAACUCCCACCAGAGCAUCAGUGGUUCCCUUCAACACCCCAGACUACAGAUUUGAAUGCAUCUGUGGGGAACUGGGCAUUAUCGACUGCAAAGCCCGCGUGCAGUGCAUGAACUGCAUGCUUUGGCAGCAUGCAGACUGCGUUAACUACAAAGAGGAGAGUCUGGAAACAACACCUUUCUACUGCCCCCACUGCCUGGUGGCCAUGAAGCCCGUCUCUACUGGCGCCACCCUCAUCAUCUCUCCAAGCUCCAUUUGCCACCAGUGGGUGGAGGAAAUCAACCGGCACAUAAGGUCGUCCUCGCUCCGAGUGCUGGUUUAUCAGGGUGUGAAGAAACACGGCUUCAUCCAGCCACACAUGCUGGCGGAGCAGGACGUGGUCAUCACCACGUACGAUGUGCUGCGGUCGGAGCUCAACUACGUCGACAUUCCCCACAGCAACAGCAAGGACGGCCGGCGCUUCCGCAACCAGAAGCGCUACAUGGCCGUGCCCAGCCCCCUGGUGGCUGUGGAGUGGUGGCGCAUAUGCCUGGAUGAGGCGCAGAUGGUUGAAUGUCCCACUGCAAAGGCUGCGGAGAUGGCGCUGCGUCUUGCAUCUGUCAACCGAUGGUGUGUGAGUGGCACCCCUGUCCAGAGAGGCUUAGAAGAUCUGUAUGGGCUUGUACUUUUCUUGGGAGCUGACCCAUAUUGGGUGAAACACUGGUGGGACCAGCUGCUUUAUCGGCCCUAUCGACGUGGAAACACAGAACCACUCUACAAUGUAAUCGCCCAGCUAUUAUGGCGAUCGGCUAAAAAAGACGUGAUUGAUCAGAUCCAGAUCCCCCCACAGACAGAGGAGGUGCACUGGCUGCACUUCUCGCCCGUCGAGGGCCACUUCUACCACCGACAGCACGAGGUCUGCUCCCAGGACGCUCUGCUCAAACUCAGGAAGAUCUCAGACUGGAGCCUGAAACUCGGCAGCCUCGACCGACGCACCGUCAACACCAUCCUGUGCCCGCUUCUGAGGCUGCGUCAGGCCUGCUGCCAUCCACAAGCUGUGAGGGGCGAGUUUCUGCCCCUGCAGAAAAGCACCAUGACAAUGGAGGAGCUGCUCAAGUCCCUGCAAAAAAAAUGUCGAGUGGAGUGUGAAGAAGCUCACAGACAAUUGGUGUGUGCUCUCAAUGGCCUGGCUGGGAUCUACAUCAUCAGAGGAGAGUUUGUAGAGGCAGCAGAGAUGUAUAGAGAAGUGCUUCGUUCAUCAGAGGAACAUAAAGACAGGCUGAAAACAGAUUCAUUACAGAGGCUUCAUGCUACUCACAAUCUGAUGGAGCUGCUGAGUGCAAAGCAUCCUGGGAUACCUCCUACGCUGAGAGACGACCGGUUGAGUGAAGAGGCCGAGCAGCUGCGACAGCACUACAUGACCAAAUACGACUCGGAGGUAGCAGAUGCUCAUCAGGCGCUGCAGCCCGUGUUGCAGAACAUCAAAGAGCUGAAACGCAAAGUUAAGCUGAACUCUCCCUGGUGGUUGGAUGUGAUCCAGAGGGCGACCCGCUGCGCCACGGACGAAGAUCUGGUGUCUCGCGUCAAAAAUGAACUGACAUGCAGCUACAAACAACAAGCGCACAAGCUCACCAUGGCUGACAAGUUCCGUGACGCCUGUGGUCUUCAGUUCAUUCUUACCACACAGAUGCAAGACCUGAUGAAAUCUCAAAAGACCGUGCAAGAUGCAGUGAAGAGUCUGGAAGGUCCGGCUUCACAAAAAGUGAUUGACGAGGCCACUGUUUGUCACCUCAGGCCUUUGAGGCUGCCGCUCAAUAACUGCGUUUUCUGCAAAGCAGAUGAACUGUUCACGGAUUACGAGUCCAAGCUGUUUUCUCACACGGUGAAAGGUCAGACGGCCAUCUUUGAGGAGAUGAUUGAGGAUGAGGAGGGGCUGGUGGACGACCGUCUGCCCACCACCAGCCGAGGCCUGUGGGCGGCCAGCGAGACCGAGCGCACCCUGAAAGCCAUCCUGUCCUUCGCGAAGCUUAAGCGCAUGGACUCGGAGCUGGUGGAGGAGGGCAACACCUUCAUGGAGCUGUUUGAGACCUGGAAGAAGGAGUACAAGGUGCUGCACGAGUACUGGAUGGUGCUGCGCAACCACGUGUCGGCCAUCGACGAGCUCGGCAUGGCCACGGAGAGGCUGCGAGUGCGUCUGCCGGACGAGCCCAAGCCCAAACUGCUGCACAUCAUCGAGCCGCACGAGGUGGAGCAGAACCGAGUCAAGCUUUUAAAUGACCAGGCCGUUGCCAAGUCUCAGCUCCAGAAGAAGCUCGGCCAGUAUCUUUACCUCACAAAUCUAGAGAAGUCCCAGGACAAGUCCACCGGAGGGCUGAACCCUGAGCCGUGUCCCAUCUGUGCGCGGCCCCUGGGGCAGGAGUGGGCAGUGCUGACGUGCGGCCACUGCUUCUGCAACGAGUGCAUCGCCAUCAUAGUGGAGCAGUACAGCGUGGGCUCGAGGCGGCGAGCCAUCAAGUGCGCCAUUUGCAGGCAGACCACGUCCCACGCCGAGAUCAGCUACGUGUUCACCACCCAGUCGUCCAGUCAGGACCAGGACAUCCCGGUCAAGGGAAGUCACUCGACCAAAGUGGAAGCAGUGGUGCGAACGCUAAAGAAGAUUCAAGUGACCGACCCCGGGGCCAAGUGUCUCGUCUUCUCUACGUGGCAGAGCGUUCUGGACAUCAUUGCAAAGGCGCUGUUUGACAACAACAUGGAGUUCUCCCAAAUCAACGGGAUUCACAAAUUCCAGGAGAAUCUGAGCUCCUUCAAAUACGAGGAGAAGAUCAACAUCCUGCUUCUUCCACUCCACACGGGCUCAAACGGACUGAACAUCAUUGAAGCGACUCACGUGUUGCUGGUCGAGCCGAUCCUCAACCCCGCUCACGAGCUGCAGGCCAUCGGCAGGGUGCACCGGAUCGGCCAAACCAAGCCGACGUUUGUCCACAGAUUCCUCAUUAAGUCCACUAUUGAAGAAAGAAUGCAGACAAUGCUGAAGACCGCAGAGAAAAGUCACACCAGCACAACCAUGAAGCACUCGGAGGCCGCCGUACUAACAGUAGCCGAUUUAGCGGAUCUGUUUACUGAAGACACCGAACCGCUGGAGUGAAUCUGAACAUUGGCUGAUGGCGAGCUCACACUUUGCACAAGAGGCGAAACAAAUACUCUGAUUUUGCACAUUCCAAUUUUUAUAGAAAUGUCCCGAAGUUAUUUCCUUAUAGGUAUUUUAGCAAGUUAAUGGCAGCAGAUGUGUUUCAGCAGCUGUAUCCAAGGUCAAACAUCUGUUUUGAUUGUUGUAACUGGUUCAGGUAAAGUAUUGUUGUUGUGCAUUUAUAUAUUGUCCAGAUGUAAAAUGAACUAGGUCCGCAAUAAAUGUAUUCCUACACAUUAUAGGAAAUAAAGAGCUGUACAGAG